GGGAGAGCCUGGCGGCGGCACCCAUCAAUUUGCUAGUUUAGACUCUGGCAAGUGACUUGUUCCCUGUUCGCCACCCCCUCUGCGAGUUAUGUGAGGGAACUGCAGGUGGGGGGCUCCUAUGAGGUGUGCGCCCCAGCCCUCGGGCAGGGCGGCCCCAUAACCCGUCCCUGUGGUGCCCGCCGGUGGGGGGCAGACCCCCCCCCCUCGCCGCGGUGCCCGGUUCCCAUAAGCCGCGCCCCGCGCGGAGGAGGGCGCCGGGAUCAACGCUGGGCAGUAUGCGGGCCCCCUGCCCGGGCUGGUGGCACCUGGGGGUGAAGGUGGCAGGGGCCCGGCGGGGGCUGUUGAGCAGCUGCGGCCCCUGGCGAGGGACGAGUGGCGGCAGCUGGUCACGCGCUGCCCUCUUCGUGACGGGCCCCUCCAGCAGCUGCGGCAGCCCGGCGGGCCUCGAGGAGGGCAGGAAGCGGGGCAAUAAGCCCCUCAAGGAGUGGACGCUGAUUGUCAGCCCCUUCGGCCAGCUGAAGGUGCGGCUGCCCUGCCACGUUACCGUGCGCCCCCUGGACCCGCUCCGCUACCCGGACGCGGACAGAGCGCUGGUCACUGUCAGCGGGGUGGACAGCAGCCUCCCCCAGGGGGUGGAUCUGGAUCGCCUGCAGGUGAAGUACGACGAGGCGCUGAAGGAGAUGACGAUUGUCUCGGACCACAUGGACAGCAAGGCCGCUGUUGUUGUGAAGACACCCAUGAAGUUUGAUUUGGAUAUCAAGACAUCAGGGACUGGCUGUGUGAAGAUUCAGAAAAUAGACUGUGAUAGCUGCAGAAUAGAAACUGAGAAGGGGACUAGCAUCUUACAAUCGAUAAAGAGUCAUAAAAUCCAUGUACGAACUAAAGGAGGCAAAGUGAUCUGUCUGGGAACUCUUCAUGGAAAUGCAGAUAUUCAUGCAGCAGAGAAAAGUAGUGUGAAUAUAGAGAAACUACAGGGAACAUCCAUCAAAAUUUCUACUGAAGAUGGUUUGUUGAAAACCAAAUAUCUUUAUGCAGAAUCUUCAUUUCUGUCUUCAGCAGCUGGUGAUAUUCUACUGGGAAGUAUUCAUGGUGACACAACCCUUCAAACCGAAACAGGGAACAUCACAGUAGAGUCAUCGGAUGGAUGUCUAAAAGCUUCUACACGUCGGGGGGCAAUAGAUGUUUAUGUUAGUCAAGUGAGAAAAGUGGAUCUGAAAAGCCAGAAAGGCUCUAUUACAGUCAAGGUACCUGCCUCUCUUAAAGCUUAUUUACAGUUAUCUGGAAGCAAGGUUGAUGUGAGCUCAGAGAUCCAGUUACAGGAAACCCAGUGUGCCCCUAAAGAGGGUCACAUAACUAUUACUGGUCAUAUGAAUCAAAUGAAUGAAAGAGACAAAUGGAUUAAGGCUGACACACAGGAUGGCACAGUGCAUCUUAAAAGCCAGAGCUGGUUCCAAUCGAUCAAGCUGCAGGUUUCUUGAGGAUGUAAUAGGCCAAAGGUAUUCAAAAUCAAGGAACGGUGAAGAAAGGUUACUGUACAGUGAUGGUGAAUGCUACUUAUUAAAAUACAGUAAACAAUAUAUUGUGAGGACUUUUUACCCAACCUUUGUAUAUGUUAAAUGACUGUUAUUUGACAGCUGUAUGAAAUGGGUUUUACUGUUAGUGCCUUCUACAGUUGCACAAUCCUGUGUAUUCAGGAUUUGUGUAAAACUUGACCCGCACACCCCGCCUAUUCUGAAAGCUAGUGAAUUUCAAGUAAAUAUAUAAAGCCACUACAAAGAACAUUUUCAACACAGGUUGAUGCCUGAAAAUACAAGAAUUUGAUUUAAGCUUUGUGAUGGUGCCAUAUUCUGUAUGCUGCUUUUAAAUGAAUUGUUAUCAUUUGAAAUUUGUGGUUUGUGCAUAAUGCUGAGCAUUUCCUUUUACUGAAUUAUUUAUAUAAUGUGUGGGAUAAAAUUACUUUUAGGGUUGCAGUUCACAUUUGAUCAUAAGUAGGCGUUUUGGCUCCUAAGAAAUCAGUCUACAAUUCUAUGACUUACUAUACUGCGCUAUAUGUAAAACUGGUGGUCAAACUCCUGCACAUUGAAAGCUUGAGAGCUUAUUUUAUGCCCUCAUGAACCUCUCUCAUCUGUGGCUCCACUGACGGUAGGGCCAGAGAACCCCUUUUUUAUUUACUAUUGGGGAUGGUAACAGGGUGCAGUCCCAGAACAUGCCCCCUUCAGUCCCCUCCUGGUUCUCCCACUAAUUCAUAGCCCAGAGAACUUAAAAUAACAUUCCUGCUCUUGGAGGUCUGAGUUAUUAAGUCCUACAGAUUAUGGUCUCCUUGGGACCUUCAGCCUCAAAUCUUCUUGAGGCGUCUAAUUCACUUUUGUCCAGGACUUCAAGUCCCAGCUCUCCCUUAGUUCCCUCUGAGCCAUGGAGCUCUGCCAAUCUCUGGUCUCUCUGGAGAAUGUUUUUCUGGGUCUCCUUUUGCCCUGGUCUCAAACUUCUCAAACUUCUUCCUUUUGGUUCCAGGAGCUUCACAGCCUCCUUCUUGCAAUUCAUGGCAGGCUUCCUCAGUUCAGCAGCAUCCAGGGUCUGAUCCCAGUCCAAGGAGCCUCUCUUGGUCCCUGCACUGCUACGUCUCGUCGGGACUGUGGUGUAAUUCAUAAUAAACUUCCUCAGCUCACCAAAGCCAGGUUUUGGUUCCAUGCUACAGAGUCUCCCCCUGUCUCUGUGCUCCCUUCAGUUCUCACUCUUCAGACUACCUGCCUUGGAGCCACCUAACCACUGCACACCUUCUGUCUGCAGUUAUAACUCAUCUGAGAUCUUCCUGGCUUUUAUGAAGGCCAUGUGUUCUUCACAUUCUCACCUGAACCUGAGGCCCAUAGCUUCAGGUGGGAGACAGAAGGUCAGUCACAGGUAGGGACUGGAUCCAUCUCCUCUACAGGGCCAAUCACUCAUUUUGAUUACCACUACAAAAAGUUUUUUUUUUCUCUCCUGCUGGUAAUAGCUCACCUUAACUGAUCACUCUAAUUA